AAAUAAAGAUUUUUUCCGAAUUUUAAAUAAGAACGCUGCUCAAAAACCAGUCAAGUACGUGAUUUUGCGCUCUGUUUAAAAAAGAUCAUGUUUGAAGAUAUACAGCAGCGAAACUGAUAACUAGAAUAACAGACUGUCGGAAAUUUCGUCAACUUUAACCUGAACACAUUUCAUAACAGCCCCUUGAAAAAUUGAUGGGAUACAUUCUACUUUACGAGGAGAUCACAAAAUAUGGAUUUUAAUGAAACUUGUCAGUUGUAAAUUAUCAUACGUUAUGUUAUAAGGUCAAAGAGUGUUUUUUUUUUUUUUGUUUUUUUUUGUUUUUUUAAAUAAUCGCCAAUGAUAUAGAAAUCCGUUCUAGAUAGCACAUAGUUUAGUUCUAUGACGUAUCGAUAUCUAAUAAAUGAUUUUAUUUCAUCUACAAAAAGGUAGAAUUGUCGCCGGUUUAACCAAUUAACACACGGGUUGCCUUGAUUUAGGAAUUCGGUUUUUACUCUGUAAUCCGGAGAAAUGACGUUAUGCAAUCGCUUCCGUUUUUCAGACGUGCAAAGCUACCUAUAUUGAAAAGAAAUGUAACGCAAGAAAGUGCCACUGAUACACUUAAAAACUUGUUCUCGUUACUUUUUCAGUAAGUGUAUAGUCAAGGCCUUCGGGUGGUUAGCCGUCUAAUUUAUCACGGGAGUUCAGAUGCGCAGGAAUGAAAUAUCUAAGCAUCUGAACGAUGAAUCGUGGCAAAUUAGACCAUAAACCACAAGAGGACCAACCUGGUGUUAAAACUAUAUACAUAAAUUGUAUAUAUGUAGAAACAGUACAAAUAGAAUAGACAACACUAUAUGAUCUUCACUACAGUGUGGCUGAAUGCUAGUGAGACAUUUGACGUUUUCUUAUGAUAUUUCUUCUUUCUUUAAUUAUUUAUCUCUACAAAAGAACAUGGAAUAAAUACUCUGGUGUUAAAAAGCUGAAAGAAGCAUACAAUUUACUAUAGUUUAUGUAAGUUCUUGGAUAACACUAAAGUUUUAUAAACUAUGGAAACCGAAAUAACUGGACAGCUCCAACAGAUGAACAGUCAUCAAGGCACAGGAUCAAAGUUUAGAUCAAAUUUCAGCUUCAAGAAUGAAUGUCAGAAGAAGAACUUCAUUCAGACGUGUUGUGUGUAUUUCAACUUCAUACUUUUGGGAUGGACAUAUGGUCAACUUGGAACUGCCUUUCAGGAUCUUCAGCUGAUACUGGGGACGAAUGUGGAACAGACAUCACUUCUAUUCACAGUAAACUCGGUUGGAUACAUGGCUGGCAGUCUUACAAUAGGAUUUAUCUAUGAUAAAGUGGAACAUCUAAAAUUGCUAGGUGCUGUGUCUUUGAUAAAUGCGGUAACUAGUACGUUGUCUCCAUGGUGCACCAAAUAUGGAUUGUUCCUCUUUGUUCGUCUGCUUGAUGGUUUUCUGGCUGGAGGCAGAGAUAGUGGUGGAAAUGCCAAGAUAAUGUCAUGUUGGGGGAAAGAAGGUGGGCCAUUUAUGCUAGCGCUUCACUUUACUUAUUCUAUUGGCGGAAUAAUUUCUCCACUUGUAACGCGUUUUUUUCUUGCUCCAAAGCUGACCAAUCAUGAAAAUAGUAACAAUACAUCAGAGAUGCAAAUAUUGAACGUUUCAAGCAACUAUUCGAUAUCUGAUUUAUAUCAUAAUAUAUCAUUGAAAACAAACCAAGAGGUAAAAGAAAUAGCCACGUAUGGUGAAACUAAAAUCCACUGGGCAUUUCUUAUUACUGGCUUACUUACUGCAUUGUCGGGGUUUAUCUAUAUCACUUUGUUUUGCAAAGGUUUCGAAAGGGUACCGACGUAUGUAAAACCAACAGAAAAGAAAAUCGAAGCCCAAACUUCAUCCAAAGAUAUUGAACGAGUCAGGCUAAGCAAGAACCAGACAGUUUUGUUUGUAAUAUUAAUAGCUUUGUCUGUUACAUCAAGCACUGCGGUUGAAUGCAAAGGUCUUUCCUUUAUAAUGCCAUUUGUUCUCCUUCAGUUGAACUGGUCAAAGAGCAAUGGCGCCUUUCUUAUUUCCCUUUUAUGGACAUUUUAUAGCAUAGGGCGUUUCAGUGGAAUAAUUGUUUCUCGAUUUGUUCGACCGCAUAAGAUUAUCAUCGCUAAUAGUUUUGUGAUCAUAAUAUCAUGUGGUGUUCUAUACUUUGGAGCUGUUUACAAUAUCGCAGGUAUUGUUUGGACUAUGGUUCCGUUAAUGGGUGUAGGUAUUUCUUGCAUGUUUCCUACAUUUAUUGUAUGGACACAUGAGAAUGUGCUUAAGAUCAGCGGUAAAGUAGGUGGGUUCUUCCAAUUUUGUGGUUCUUUGGGAUGCUUCAUUGAUCCUCUUUAUAUCGGGGCUUUGAUGGAAAAUGUGUCACCUCUUUAUUUCGUUUAUUUUCAAAUUAUUCAGUGCACUUUCACUCUGGUAGUUUUUGUUAUAAACAUGAUAUGGGUUGCGAAGAUGCGACGAAUCUGCAGAACUCACAGACAACAGAAAGAUUGAGAUGGCUAAAGAUUUGCUAAAGAAAUAUCUUAUGUGUAAGCAAUGAUGUUUUUGUCUGGGGUGGAUUUUGACACCUAGUAAAAUCCAUGAAAGCCGAAUACAUCUCAGAUCAAGCUAAUGUUAUAGUAAUCUUUGUACUAAAUACCUCUACUUAUUCUUUGCUUUCAUUUUAGCCAGAUACGAAUAACAUUUUGAAACGAAGAACUACUUAUGAACGGGGGCAUGAAAUAAAUGAAAAUAGUCCAAAAACACACAAAAUACUAAAUCGAAUGUCCGACUAGUGCAAUGCGGAUUUUGAUAUCUGUCUUUUCGUACGAAUGUGUCAUGUACAAGCUUUAUUUUUACAGUUUAUUUUGGCCGCGCCAUGAGAAAACCAACAUAGUUCG